UGUGUGUGUGUGUGUGUGUGUGUGUGUGUGUGUACUUGUAUUUCUUACUUUAUGGGGCCCAGUGACCAGGAGCACACCAACGGUAUGGGGUCCAACAACCUUGUGGGGCCCGAAAUGGUGGGCCCCACACCGAUUUCAAUGUAAACUGCCUCAGAAGCCUCUGCUGAUAUGCCUCAUGCUUUUUUUUCACUUUCCCCACAAGGUGAUAAAAACUGGUUAUGAGUGUGUAUGUGUGUAUGCUCUCUAUCGCCCCUGUAGCUGGGAACGUGGUAUUGCAGCAGAUACACACUACCGGAAGUGUGUGUGGCUUUAGCCAAUGAGAAAGGCCCACGGAGAGGGAGGGAGGAGCCGUGUAGUUUUAUUGGAUGCGCCCACGCUACACGCACAUUGUUACUGGGUUUUAAUCUUCAAUUCCUCGUGUUUUGACUCUGUUUCAACUGAAGAAACACUUCAUGUAGGCUAAGCAACAGGAUUCUGUAAUCCUAUAGUAUUUAACUAUACAUCUGAUAUAGUUUAAUGUGUAUUUCUAGUCGUGUGAACAGAAUGAUGCUUAAUGAAGUAAGGUUUUAAACAGAUGGCUAACAUUAGCUGCUAAAAGUUCACGGAGACGGCAUUUUAAACCGGAAGUUCCACGCGCUUCGACUCUGAACACACGGAAAACACUCUUCAUGUGAGAAACCGAGCCAUAAUGUUGAAAAGAAAGACAAGGAUACGGCCUGUUGAUGAUGCCAGGACACACAUUCUGUCAUUGAGGGACAAGCCUGGGUUUAUGGAACGAUUUAUCGAUAGUAACAAAGGAAGAGGAGUGUUUACUACCCAGCCUGUGGAAGCCGGAGCUUUUGUUUUGGAGUACAGGGGUGAACUCAUUUCAGCAGAAGAAUGCCGGGCAAGAGACUACACUGAGUUACAGAGCACAUUUCUGUUUGAAUUUGAGUGGCAGAAGCGUCACUGGUGUAUUGAUGCAUCCAAAGAAGACCGCUCCCUUGGAAGAUUGAUUAAUGACAAUCACAAAUCUCCAAACUGCACCAUGAAAAAAAUCGUAGUAAACGACAGGCCACAUUUGUGUCUAUUUGCUGUGAAGAAAAUUGAAAUAGGAAGUGAAAUCGAAUACAACUAUGGUGAUUCACAAUGGCCAUGGCGUAAAAAGGGGCCAAAGCAGCAGACUUCUGUUCUAGAGACCAAAACAUCCCUAACAGAUCACUCUUCCCAUGAUGACUCCAACAAAGAUGCUGUCGUCACACAGGAGCCAAAGCAGCAGACUUCUGUUCUAGAGACCAAAACAUCCCUAACAGAUCACUCUUCCCAUGAUGACUCCAACAAAGAUGCUGUCGUCACACAGGAGCCAAAGCAGCAGACUUCUGUUCUAGAGACCAAAACAUCCCUAACAGAUCACUCUUCCCAUGAUGACUCCAACAAAGAUGCUGUCGUCACACAGGAGCCAAAGCAGCAGACUUCUGUUCUAGAGACCAAAACAUCCCUAACAGAUCACUCUUCCCAUGAUGACUCCAACAAAGAUGCUGUCGUCACACAGGAGCCAAAGCAGCAGACUUCUGUUCUAGAGACCAAAACAUCCCUAACAGAUCACUCUUCCCAUGAUGACUCCAACAAAGAUGCUGUCGUCACACAGGAGCCAAAGCAGCAGACUUCUGUUCUAGAGACCAAAACAUCCCUAACAGAUCACUCUUCCCAUGAUGACUCCAACAAAGAUGCUGUCGUCACACAGGAGCCAAAGCAGCAGACUUCUGUUCUAGAGACCAAAACAUCCCUAACAGAUCACUCUUCCCAUGAUGACUCCAACAAAGAUGCUGUCGUCACACAGGUAUUUACCAUCAAAGGGUUUUCCCUAGUGAACUAUCCCGAAAGUGAUGAGACGGAUGAGUAUAUUAAAGACAACCCUCCAACUCCACACUGUGAUGUUGUUCGAAAGAAGACGAGGAAUGGAAACAUUCAGGUGGUUGGAGUAGCUGAUUUUUCUGAUCCUCUGAUUGACUCAAAUGAGAGUAUAAUAGAUGAAACUGAUGAGGAUUCUAGUCUGCAGUCAGACAAUGAAGUUGUUCCAAAAAAUAUUUUGAUGGAUAGAGUACCAGAUUUUUCUGUUCCUCUUAAUGAGUCAAGUGAUGACAGCAUGGAUGAGCCUUCCACUUCUAUGUCUGAAAUGGCUUCACAAAGGCCGAGGAGAAACUGUCACCGCCCUAGACUGUUGACAUGGAUGGGUGUUCACAAGAGGAAGAUGACUUUAUUCCAGACGUACAGGAGCCUGAAGUUGAGGACAGUGUGGCAUCCACACAAGAACCUACAUCCACACAAGAACCUACAUCCACACAAGAACCUACAUCCACACAAGAACCUACAUCCACACAAGAACCUACUUCCACGCUGCAUUCCCAAUACCAGAGAAAGUCGGCAAAAAAGAGAGGUAAAGAAACUGCUGUCAAAAGAAGCUGGACAACAGAUGAAUGUGCGGCAGUAGAAAGACACCUAAGGAAAUUCAUUGUGAGGAGCCAAGUUCCAGGGAAAAAGGACUGUCAGCGCUGCGUUGAUGCAGAAGCUCAAGCGUUAGGAAAUCGAGACUGGAAGGCGGUCAAAUACUUCAUCAAAAAUCGUAUUUCUGCCAUAAGAAGGAAAGUACAGUGAAAUACAGGUAGCUCAACGUAUUGGAUGCCUUCCCACUAG